CCGCAGAGAAGUUGAUCGCGACAAGCAGCCGCCAUGCCUUAUAAACCGUUCCAGUCGACCUACUACGAUGAGAAGAUGCGGCAGUCGCCCGCGCUGCUGCGUGCUCGCGCCCCGUACCUGAUCAAGAACACCAUCACGGGCUUCGCUAUAUGCACAAUGGUCAUUGGAAUCUACACGUACACCAUCAACGUCAUCUCUCAGGACGAGUUCGACGAUGUCGUGGUCCCCGACGAGCCCAUAAAGCGAUCAAUCGUCCAGAUGCAGCCGCAGCCGAAUGCUCCGAGCACCACCCAGAGCGUGCAGCAGGCCGUUGCAGCGCGCAAGCAGUAGGAUUGAGACCAUCGCGAACAUCGAAGGAUUGCCCAUACUGGUCACUGCAGAGCACGGUUCGAGACAUCUGCAGCUGUAAAUUGUGUAUAUAUACAUCGGCAUUGCUGGCGUUAGGAGACAUCACGGGGAAAUAUAACAUCAUUCUGUCUCGCAUCUAGCGAGCUGUCCAUCAGAUACACUUCUCUACUCCAUGUUGCAACAGGAAAACGCA